GUCCCUGCUCAGGUGGGCGCAUUGAGACGUGGACGCGUCUACUGCGGGACAGCUUGCGGCCCUGCUAGCCCGACGACGACUUUGAACGCUGCGAUGGCUCUUUGCACUAUCUAGAGACCAGGUAGGUUUGCUCCUGAACAGCACCAUGCUGAAGGUCUUGCGCCUCUGCAUUGCUCCGUUGAGGAGGGCUGUGGACCGUCGCUUCUACGAGCAUCCGAAGGGUGGUGCAGCCAUGGCGCAAAUCAGUCGAUUUCCCAGCGGAAGGGAUGAGGUCUUGUCGAUAGACAACUCCAAUUACCUCGUUCCCUACUCGGAGAGCGACGCCAUUGUAGACGACGGCAACGACGACUUCAGCCUUGUGACCGUCUUUCGCGUCCCCGACGAAAGGGGCCCAUAUUUGACGGAGAAGUGGGUGAAAGAGGCUGUACAUGAGUACAUGAGUACAGAUGAUGUCUUCAGUGAGAGCUUUCUUGCCGGCGUCAUAUUCCAUGGGGCGAGCAACGUCCAUGUCACGGACGAAGCUCGGGCGUACCUUCAAGGACUAGGCAAUCGAUGGAUCGAGCACAUAUCAAACGCAGAUAUGCUUCCCGGGCCCUACGCUCGUAUUGCAGGCCGACUCAGGGACGUAUGGAAACUGGUGGAUGACUCCAGCGGCACCUGCAUGACUGCCGUCCGGCCUCAGAACGCUGUCUCUGAUUCUUUCGAGACUCUCAGGCUUGCUAGCUCUGAUCACGACUCCGUCAGCAUCGCCCUCCCUUCUCGCAUCAAAGCACGAGCGAAGAUCGAUUCCCCCGUGGCGGGAUGGCGCAUCGUGAUCAAGGACAACAUCGACCUUGAGGGUAUCAAGACAUCCUUAGGCAACCGGGCAUACUAUGAGGUCUACCCACCACGAUCUCAGACCGCUGAGAACAUCCAGAAGGUCAUUGAUCGGGGCGUGGUAGUAGUUGGCAAGGCGAAGAUGAACUCGUUUGGCAACUGGGAGGAAGCUACCGAGUACAUCGACUACCAUGCCCCCUGGAACCCUCGCGCCGACGGAUACCAAUCGACGGGAGGUAGUAGUGCUGGGAGCGCUGCCGCCGUUGCUGCAUAUGACUGGCUGGACAUUGCCAUCGGCACCGAUUCAUGGGGGAGCAUAACGAGGCCGGCGCUGUGGUGCGGUUGCUUUGGGUUACGACCUAGCAUCGGUGCGGUUAGCACUCACGGCAUUGAACCUUAUGUCCCAACGUGGGAUAUGCCUGGAAUUCUGGGGAGGGACCUCCCCAGGUUCCGCCAGUUUGCGGCUGAAUGGAUUCAGAAUGAUGCGAUGAUAAAGGAUCCUAAGCCCUUCUCGGCGAUCCUGUGGGCUAGUGACUUCUGGAGCGACAUUGAACCCGCUCAAAUAGAAAUUGCUCGCAAAUUCGUCCACGACGCAGAGGCCUAUCUUGGUCUGCCAUGCGUGGAUGUGUCCUUCGAAGAGGAGUGGCGACUGUCGCCCCCAGCCGAAGCGGAGGGGCGUUCACUGCCAGAGUACAUCAAUUCGGCUCUCGUUUCGCUGGCAUAUGACAUAUACCAUAGCGAGGAUGACUUCCGCGAGCGCUAUAUGAAUAAGUUCGGUCAACCGCCAUACACGAGUCCUCCAAACCAAAGAGUGUGGGACAUGGGAAAGACACUUUCGGAGGCAGACCGCGACUCUGGCUUCAUCAAGAUUGGCGUGUAUGAACGGUGGUUCAAUGAGAUCAUCUUGAAGGGAGAUCGCUCCAAUGCGCUCAUUGUUCACCCUCAGGAGAAUAUGGCACCCAGAUACCGAGAUCAACCCCCCACGUUCAAAAGACCACCACAGGAUGGAAUAUGCUCAAUAGCUCUUGCUGCUGUGCUGAGGGGUCCUGCUCUAGCCAUUCCGAUUUCACAAAUAGCUUAUUCGUCCACUGUCUCCGGAAAGGUCGAGCAUCUCCCUUUCGUGGUUACAUUGGUAUCUGCUCAAGGCACCGACUUGUUCCUUCUACAAACCGCACAGGAAAUCUUAGAGAGCGCCAACCGACCGACGAGUGUGAGCACGGGGAAGGUGAUGUGGAAACUGUAGGAUGCUUGGUGGAUUAUUCUUUGCCCCGGAAGGAGGGAGCGCUCUCAGAAGUCCUGCAGAAAGCACUGCCCGUUUUAGCCAACUCAGCAAAUUUUCCACAGAAAAUAUCUAAUACUAUGCAAUUCUUUCUCGUGACUAGCCAGAAUUAGUCAUUAUGUGUAGUUACAAAGGAUGAAGUUCAUCCAACGAAGAGGUUCCUGAA